CGAUAUUUUUCCCGUCUAAUUUUUCAUAAAAAUUUACACACAACCGCUGGGAAAUCGGGCGGCUACCCCCCCGAAAAAACCCCCCCCCCCCCCCCCCCCCCCCCCCCGGGUAGUCAGGUAUGACAGUGUUUGAAGUGAUACUGUGAAAUUCAUAGUAUUGCUGUGCUAUGAAAGUCAUAACAUUACUAUGAAAUUCAACGUAUUACUGUGAUACUGUGAAACUAUGAAGGUCAUACUAUGAUACUGCGAAAACGUGAAAGUGUGUUUGUGUGCUAUUGUUAUGAUAGGUCGGUCCUAUGAAUUCAUGUUUAUACUAUAGACCUUCACUGUAUCAAUUGACAGCUAUGAAAACCUACCUAUAGCUUUACUACUCUUUCUCUUGUUUUACUAACGAGACAGUACCAUCCGUACAUGACAAAAAAACUUUUUAUCUAAUGUAUGUCUUUCGAGUAAUAUCAAGUUGAAAUUAUUGCAUAUGUACCUUUGACAGUAUCAUCCUAUCCAAUGUCUAUUUCUUGAACUGCUCCGACUUCAUCACUUUGAAACAAUAAUUUGAAGGUCAUUUCGACUUUGAUGGUGGAAUAGAUGAACAAAAUCUGUAUUUUGUUGAUCAAUAGGUUGAAGACUACUGCUUAAUAAAAUAUUGGAACUAUUGUUUAUACUAUUUUCACUUUUGUAUCUACAUAAUUUUAAAAGCAUACUUAUUUCACUUUGAUUUAAAGUCUUUGUUUUUUUCUUUGUAGACAUUUAAUACGAAUAUUUAGUUUAAUUCUUUUACCUCUGCCAUCAUUAUCUCAAUCAAUUAGGAAAAUGACUAGUCUAUCAUCAUUCUUUAAUCCCAUAUUACAAACAUAUUUUAAUCCACGUGUUACACCGUGGGUGAAAGAUCCAGUUGGUUUACAUCAUCCUCUUGUUUUUCAGUUUGAAAAACAGUUUUUUGACAAAAACUAUGCUCAUUCUAUUCGUGAUUGGAUGUAUACAUAUUGGUGGUUAAGUAUUGUCUAUUCUGUAGCUUAUAUAUUUUUAAUUUUUUAUGGACGUUCAUUAAUGGAAAAACGUGAAAAAUAUGAUUUACGUAUUUUGUUAAUACUUUGGAAUUGUUCAUUAGCUAUAUUCAGUAUAUGGGGUAUGAUUCGAUGUGUACCAGAAAUGCUUUAUUCAAUUAAUAAACUAGGCAUCUAUUAUUCAAUUUGUGAUCAUUCAAAUAUAUAUGGAAUUACUGGAUAUUGGAUUUGGAUAUUUAGUGUUUCAAAAGUGCCAGAAUUAAUUGAUACAUUAUUUAUUAUCUUACGGAAACAAAAACUAAUAUUUUUACAUUGGUUUCAUCAUUCGACAGUACUUAUUUACACAUGGUAUAGUUAUCAUAAUUGGACAUCGAGUGGAAGAUGGUUUGUAUUUAUGAAUUAUUCUGUUCAUGGUUUAAUGUAUUCAUAUUAUGCUUUUCGUGCUAUGCGUUUUAAUAUUCCAAAAUUUGUACAACAAAUUGUUACAAUAUUUCAAUUAUCUCAAAUGUUCAUUGGUUGUUAUGUGAACUAUAAAGCAUAUGAAUAUAAAGGAGAAAAUCGUCCAUGCAAAGUUGCCUAUUCAAAUAUAUACGUCUCAUUUGCUAUGUAUUUUGCUUAUUUUCUUUUAUUUGCUCAUUUUUUUUAUGUUUCCUAUCUGAAGAGAAUGCCAACAACAACAAAAUCAAAAAAAGACACAUUAGUUGAGAACGAACAACGAUCCGGCCAUUCUGGAUCAUCGUCGGUAUCAACCAAAAAUUUGGAAACAAAAUCGACGUCAAAUGAACGUAAAAAAAUGAAAUAG